GCCCCCCUUCCUGCCAACGCUGCAUUUGGCCCAGGCCGGGUCCAUGGCCGCCCUUGGGACCCUGCGCUGAGCCCCGGAAGCCCUGGCGUCCGGGGCCGCGCCGCUCCCAAGGGCCGAUCGUGAGAGUCGGAAUCCCAAGGAGCGACGUGGGGGCGCGGGCGCCGGCCACGCGGACAUGAGGCGGAGGCUGCGCCUGCGCGGGGACGCGUCGCUCACGCUGCUCCUCGGCGCCGCCCUCGGCCUACUGCUCUACGCGCAGCGAGAUGGCGCGGCCCCGACGACGAGCCCUCCUAGAACGCAAGGGAGGGCAGCACCGGGGCCCGCGCUGGGGCUCCGCGUAUUUCAGGCACCGGAUGCGGGCGCAGCCCCGCCAGCCUACGAAGGGGACACACCGGAGCCGCCCACGCCCACGGGACCCUUUGACUUUGGGCGCUACCUGCGCGCGAAGGACCAGCGGCGCUUUCCCCUGCUCAUUAACCAGCCGUACAAGUGCCGAGGAGAUGGAGGACCUGACCUGCUUGUCGCCGUCAAGUCAGUGGCGGCGGACUUCGAGCGGCGCCAAGCCGUGCGCCAGACAUGGGGUGCUGAGGGUCUUGUGCAAGGGAAGCUCGUGCGCCGUGUGUUCUUGCUGGGCGUGCCCAGGGGCGGGGGCACAGACGGAGCAGACGCGGAGGGGGAGGGCGCGCGAACGCACUGGCGCGCCCUGCUGCGCGCUGAGAGCCGCGCAUACACGGACAUCCUGCUCUGGGCCUUCGACGACACUUUCUUCAACCUAACGCUCAAGGAGAUCCACUUUCUGGCCUGGGCCUCGACCUACUGCCCCGACGUGCGUUUCGUUUUUAAGGGCGACGCCGACGUGUUCGUGCACAUGGGAAACCUGCUGGAGUUCCUGGCGCCGCGGGAUCCGACGCAGGAUCUGCUUGCAGGUGAUGUGAUCGUGCAAGCGCGGCCAAUCCGCGUGCGGGCCAGCAAGUACUACAUCCCGGAGGCGGUGUACGGCCUGCCCGCCUACCCGGCCUACGCAGGCGGCGGUGGUUUCGUACUUUCAGGGGCCACGCUGCACCGACUCGCUGGUGCCUGCACCGAGGUUGAGCUCUUCCCCAUCGACGACGUCUUCCUGGGCAUGUGUCUACAGCGCCUGCGGCUCACGCCGGAGCCUCACCCUGCUUUCCGCACCUUUGGCAUCCCCCGGCCUUCAGCCGCGCCGCACCUGCGCACCUUCGACCCCUGCUUUUACCGCGAGCUGGUUGUAGUGCACGGGCUUUCCGCGGCUGACAUCUGGCUUAUGUGGCGUCUGCUGUAUGGGCCGCAGGGGCCAGCCUGUGCGCGUCCACGGCCUGUCGCUGCUGGCCCCUUCCAGUGGGGCCCCUAGCCCCACCCAUCACAGCCCCAAGCUCCCCUCAUUCAGACCCAGGAUGUAGUAGUGGAACUUUGAAGGUGAGGUUUCCCAGGCGGAUUAUUGGCGGUGUAUGUGGUUCUUCCCCAGAAAGGGGCAGAAGAGUUCAGGAUUCAGGGGCCAGCCCCAUGGCCGAGUGGUUAAAUUCGUGCUCUCUGCUUAGGUGGCUCAGGGUUUCGCAGGUUCGGAUCCUGGGCACGGACAUGGCACCGCUCAUCAAGCCAUGCUGAGGCGGUGUCUCACAUGCCACAACCAGAAGGACCCACAACUAAAAAUUGCAACUAUCUACCCUGGGGCUUUGGGGAGAAAAAGGAAAAAUAAAAUCUUAAAAAAAAAAAAGAGUUCAGGAUUCAGACUCAUUGCCAGGUGUCUGUCUCCACAGGAUCCACAGAGAAUGAAGAUUGAGCUUGGCUCCUGCUGUCCCCUUACUGGGAACCAGUCUAAUGGUGGCCCUUUGAGAUAGGCAGGGCUAAGGCGGUGGAGCACCAGGCUCUUUGUCAAGCAUAUGGACGUUUGGUCCCCCUAGUACCAAGGGGGGGCGGGGGAGGGGGAGUGGAAUGGCAGAGGUUCACGGAACCUGACCAUACUCCUUGGUUUGGAACCCCUAUGGUGAAGCAGAGAAAUGCAGCUCUUUCUCAAGGCUGGAACCCACAGGGAUGUGUGGGGGCCUGGCCUCAGUCCUCAUGGAACUGGCAGACAUUCUGCCACAACUCAAUCUGAAAGCAAGCAUUUUGCUUCCCACCUACCCCUCCAAAUUGAAUUCUCAGCCUUGUCCAGGUCUUUAGAUCUUUUUCUGAGGUCUUCUUUCCUGGAGCCAAUCCCCCAUGGGCCCUGGUCUAGCUGGAAUACCAGGGAUGGAGGCAUCCAGAGACGACUUGAGUGCAUGAUCCUACCUAAAGUCUCUCUCCACCUCCAAUUACCCACUACAAGAACCUACACCCACAAAGCUAUGUCAGUCUCUAUUAGAGGCUGUGCU